AUGCUCUCAUCAAUCGCCUCUACUAUUACCGGCAAGGAGUCUGCUCCAAAGCAAGCACAAACAAACUUAGAAGUUGAUGUCUUGGUGAUUGGAGCCGGUCCGACGGGCCUUGGAGCUGCGAAACGGUUAAAUCAAUUGAACUCAGCAUCUUGGUUGAUUGUGGAUUCCAAUGAGACUCCGGGCGGCUUGGCUUCCACCGAUGUGACACCGGAAGGCUUCUUGUACGACGUUGGCGGUCACGUUAUUUUCUCCCACUACAAGUAUUUUGAUGAUUGCCUGGACGAGGCCCUCCCAAGGGAGUCUGACUGGUACCAUCAUCAGAGAGUCUCCUACGUGAGAUGCAAGAACCUAUGGGUCCCGUAUCCCUUUCAGAACAAUAUUUCCCUGUUGCCACAGGACGAGAAAGUUGCUUGCAUGAAUGGGAUGAUCGACGCGGCUCUCGAAUGCCGCGUCGCUAACAUCAAACCCAAGAACUUUGAUGAGUGGAUCGUCCGAAUGAUGGGAGAGGGUAUUGCUGAUUUGUUCAUGCGACCCUAUAACUUCAAGGUCUGGGCCGUCCCGACGACGAAGAUGCAGUGCGAGUGGCUCGGAGAGCGCGUUGCCGCACCGGAUCUGAAAACCGUUACAAAGAACAUCAUCUUGAACAAACCAGCGCCUAACUGGGGCCCAAAUGCCACGUUUAGAUUCCCUGCAGAGGGCGGAACCGGUGGUAUUUGGAUCGCGGUAGCUAACACUUUACCAAAAGAGAAUACAAUUUUUGGUGAGGGCGGUUUCGUGACCGCUGUUGAUGCUGAAAAGAAGCUCGUCACCAUGAAGAACGGGACCACAGUCAAAUAUAAGAAACUUAUCAAUACUAUGGCGCUCGAUAGCCUUGUUAAUCUCAUCGGGGACAAGGAACUAAUAUCUUGGACUAAGGAUCUUUUCUACUCUACUACCCAUGUCAUUGGUGUCGGUAUCCGUGGCGAGAGGCCCGAACGGAUAGGAGACAAGUGUUGGCUCUACUUCCCUGAAGAUGACUGUCCGUUCUACCGUGCAACUAUUUUCAGCAACUAUUCUCCAAACAACCAACCUCAAUCAUCGGUAAAGCUGCCGACACUUCAACUUGCGAAUGGUUCUCCUGCUACUUCAGAUGAAGCCAAGGACGGUCCCUACUGGUCGCUUAUGUUCGAGGUGUCCGAGUCAACCAUGAAGCCAGUAGAUGUCCAGAACCUCCUGAAGGACACAAUACAAGGUGCCGUCAAUACUGAGCUUAUCAAACCAGGGGAUGAAAUCGUCAGCACAUACCAUAGGGCUUUUGAUCAUGGAUAUCCUACCCCAACCCUCGAACGAAAUGGCGCAAUCAAUCAAUUGCUGCCAAAGCUAAAGGAUAUGGGAAUUUGGAGUCGAGGCCGCUUCGGUAGCUGGAAGUACGAGGUUGGAAACCAAGAUCACAGCUUCAUGCUCGGCGUUGAGGCCGUUGACAACAUCCUGAACGGGGCUACCGAGCUCACCUUGAACUACCCAGAUUUUGUCAAUAGCAGGGCGAACACUGAACGUCGUCUUGUUGAUGGCGUCCAAGAGCUGAAGCUCUAG